AUGGAAACUCAAUUGGAUCAUUUGGAAGAAAUCAAACACAUUGAAAGUGAUCAACAUAACACCGAUGAUGAAAAUAGUGAAGAAAACGUUUCAUCUCAAUCCAGUUGUUUAACUAGCUCUAGUUCUCGAAAAAGUUCCAGCUCAGGUGACGGUUUAUACGAACUCAAUUACAAGCAAGAAAAAGCAAAGGAGAAAUUGACGAGAAUUUUUGAAGCACUUGAUUUACCUCCUGUACACGAUCAAUCAAAGGUGGCUCCAGUUCGCCGACAAAUCAACGAACUAUACAGAAAUCUUCAUGAUUUAUGUGAUGUGCUUGAAGGGAAAGAAGAGGAGUGUAAUGAUCCGAAUCCUCACGAUGUUCUUUUGACCGAAUGUAAUGAGCUGCUAACAGGUUUGAAAAAUCUAUACAAGGAUAGUGAUGAAUCCGAGCAAAUUCGAAUAAUGACUAUUUCACCAAAGCAGUGGGGUUGA